ACACUUAGACAAGUGAGAAGUUGUAAUUUUAUUAGAGAAACAUUUCAAAAGAGCUCAAAAUUGUCAUUUGACUUAUAAUUUCGUAUAUUAGUAUGUCAAAAGAGCAUCAAGAGAGAAAAACAUACGUAAAAAGGUUCCUAUAAUGUUAAUCAAAAAGAAAAACUAACUAAAAUUAAAAACAAAAACAAAACAAAAACAAAAUGAAAAUGAAACUUGACUUCAACUGCGAGUUUUGAUUUAAACAAAACAAAGAUCGUUGAGGAGGAGGAAACGUAUUAUAUUCCAUUUCGACAUUUCGACACGGACAAUUUUACAUGUCGCGUCGUUCGCUGGAAAUGCGUGUGCGUGCCACAGAUCCGAGGCCGUGUCCGAAAUGUGGCAAAAUCUAUCGUUCGGCUCACACGUUGCGCACUCACCUGGAGGACAAGCAUACGGUGUGUCCUGGCUAUCGUUGCGUGCUGUGUGGCACCGUGGCCAAGUCGCGCAACUCGCUGCAUUCGCAUAUGUCGCGCCAGCAUCGCGGCAUCUCCACAAAGGAUUUGCCCGUGCUGCCCAUGCCGAGCGCCUUUGAUCCAGAUCUCGCCUCGCGGCUGCUGGCCAAGGCCGGCGUCAAGAUUUCACCCGCUGAGCUGCGCGCUCGAGCCUCACCCACAGGCGGCAGCGGCAGCAGCGGCGGUGCCGGCAACGGCGGCAAUGGCUCACAGAAGCUGGACCUUAGCAAUGCCAGCGGUGGGCCACUGGAUGAUGCCGACGACUCUGACGACGACCCCGAAGAUCUGACCACCGGCAGUGUACUCUAUGGCAACAAUGCCAACGACUUGAGUCGCUAUCACGAGAGCUUGCUGAGCAACUUUGGACAUGCCAACACAACCAUUUCGCGCAUGCGCAACGAAGCUGCUGCGGCAGCAGCUGCAGCCGCUGCUAUAGGUCAGCAAAAGGAGCUGAACGCUGCAGCCGGUGGCAGCAGCAACGCGGGGCAAUCGCUCUUGGAUACCUAUCUGCAGUUCAUCACCGAGAAUACUUUCGGCAUGGGCAUGACACAGGAGCAUGCAGCUGCAGCUGCGCUGCACGCCGCCAAAAUGGCGCAGUUGAAUGCCAUGGGUCACAGUCUGGACAAAUUACCGGCGGGUUUGCUGCCAGCCCAGUUUGAUCUUAGCAAGCUGGCCGGCGCAGCUGGAGCAGCAGCGAGUGGCUACGGCCAGAGCGGAGCUGGACUGUCCAUUGAGCCAAUACUCAGACGUGACCAACAGCAGCAGCAGCAGCAACACGCGAGCAGCCUCUCGCCCGAUGCAAACGGAGCGUUGGGACUCAGCUCGAUGGCUCACAUUCACGGCAAUCUUGGCGCGGCUGUUGGCGGAGAGCCAGAUGAUGUGGACGUGGAUGCUGAGGCUGAGAUACGACGGGAUGGUUCGGAGCCCAUGGACUUGGGUCUGGGCCUCGACAACAACAAUCAGUCGGGCAGCAACAAUGAGGCAAACAAUUCGGAUGCCGAGGAUAAUUUCUCAGAGGAUGAGGGCGUGCAUCAUACAUAAGCUAGAGGCAAUACACACACAGAAACACACACACAGUUAAAGAGAGCGGGUCGUUUAUAAGAGAGCAAAAGAUGUUACGAUAUUACGAUAUUCGCAUAUCGCAUUUUGAAGAAACAUCGACGUCGUCGUGUAUAAGAGAGCAAAAGAUAUUACGUUUUACGAUAUUACGAUAUUCGUAUAUCGUAAAUUAAAGAAUCCUCGUCAUCGUCGUCGUCGUGAACAGUUGUAUACCCAGAAAAUGGAACAUUUGUAACGAGUAGCCUUAUCCUCAUGUAUACCAGUUUACGUGUACAAUAUAAUAUAUAUGCAUACGAUAGUUACGAUAGUUAUC